UGGUGUUUAAUGUUGUUGUUAUUGGCGAAUCAGCACACGGACUAACCUCCGCCACCUACAGGGCUGGAGAGUGUGGAGCGGACACGUUUAAGAGAAAAAACAAACUUCUUUUCUGCUUCUUUCUCUUUUUCAGACUUUUAUUCAAUAACCCCACGGAUCUGUGGUCUGUUGACUUGAGACGCACCCCGUGUUAUUGGCACUGCGCACGCGCAGGAAAUUCGAACGGCUCCAGUGAAGCGGUGAUUUAGUUUGAGGAAGCUGAGCUGAUGGACAGAUGGAGUUAGGUAAGGAAGAGGACACUGAGUGGACAGCUCUGGACACUGGAUUCCCGGCUGGACGUGUGGAAGAUGACCACAGAGUCAUCCUGCACUUUGACAUGGACUGCUUCUACGCCCAGGUGGAGAUGAUCCGUAAUCCAGUUUUGCGCUCCAAACCUGUGGGAGUGCAUCAGAAGUACCUGAUGGUCACCUGUAACUACCUGGCCAGGGAGCGGGGUGUGGCCAAGAUGAUGUCUGUGAAGGAUGCGCUGGAGAAGUGUCCUGACCUGGUGCUGGUCAAAGGAGAAGAUCUCACCUUCUACAGAGAGAUUUCCUACAAGGUCACAGAGCUGCUGAUGUCGUACUGCCCCCUGGUGGAGAGGUUGGGUUUAGAUGAGAACUUCAUGGACGUGACGGAGCUGGUGGAGAACAGGAGGAGGCACACGGAUGUCUCUGAGCUCUCCUUCGUGGGUCACAUCUACAGACAUGAUGUGUCCAGCGUAGCCGUACAGGACCAUGUGGGUCUGGCUCUGGGCUCAGUGAUAGCAAGUGAGCUGCGGGAGGUGCUGUUCUCCAGACUGGGCCUGACUUCUUGUGCCGGUGUGGCUAGCAGUAAGCUCCUAGCUAAACUGGUGUCUGGGACAUUCAAACCCAACCAGCAGACCACACUGCUGCCUCCCAGUGUCCCCCACAUCAUCACCAGUCUGACCGGAGCCAACAGAGUGCCUGGAAUCGGUUACAGGACGGCAGAGAGACUGAAGGCUCUGGGUGUGGUCAGUGUCAGAGAUCUGCAGCUUUUCCCUCUCAGGCAGUUGGUGUGUGAGUUUGGAGAAGCUCACGCUAAACGCUUUCAGAGCCUCGCCUGCGGAAUCGACCUUUCACCUGUCACCCCCGCUGGCCCUCCACAGUCUCUGAGUAAUGAAGACACCUUUAAGAAAAUCUCCACACUGAGUGAAGCAGAGAGUAAAAUCACAGAGCUGCUGCUGAGCCUGAGUGAGAGGAUGCGUAAGGACGGCAGGCUUCCUCAGACUCUGAAGCUGAGUCUGAGGCGGAGCAGUGCACCAAGUCGCUGGUUCAACAGAGAGAGCAGACAGACUCCUAUUCCUACACACACUGCACACAGGAUCAUCAACGGCUGCCCGGAGGCGGUGCCUCAGCUGGUUUCCAUAGCGAUGAAGCUCUUACAGAAACUGGUGGAUGUCAGAGAACCGUUUCACUUAACGCUGCUGAACAUGUGCUUCACCAACCUGCAGAACAAACCUUCUAACAGGAAGACCAUCAGCUCCUUCUUCACCUCCACACACAACACACACACCAACACACACACACCCACACACACCCCUACACACAGUGUGUGUGCUUCUCCUUCCAGCUUCACACAACCAGAAGCUGUGUGUGGAACAGUGAAUCCCCAGAACAAGAAAGCAUCAUCUUCAUCAUUUUUCCAGCAGCGAAUCAGAUCGUCCGCUCCUUCUGCUCUAGAACGUUCUGAUCCCAGCCACAUGUCCACACCAGAUCCCGUUAGAUCCCUCCUCAUUCCUGAGCUCCCCCCUGACGUGGACCUGGACGUGUUCAGAGCUCUCCCGCAGCACAUCCAGAGCGAGCUGAUGACCAGCUUCCAGCGUCACGCCGCUUCAGCUCCACCCACUGAUGACCUCAUCACCGCAGAGGAGCCAGGUGAGGUUACUGCUGCAGGGCGUGUACCUGAUGUUCCUCCUGACGUUCCUCCUGAUGUGGAUGUGUACGUGUUCUCCCAGCUUCCUCGAGACGUGCAGAGAGAGCUGCGUACAGAGUGGAGGCGGACCGACCUCACGCCUAAAAUGUCUCCUAGACACACGUCCAGACGCACUGCGGUCAAGCGCCCUCACGGUUAUAGCCUGCUCAAGUACUUCAGACCCUCUUCAGAUAAACGCUCCUGACCGUGGAGC